AUGGGUGAUCGUGAUUCUACGUGUUAUUCGUGUGGUGAGCCUGGCCACUUUGCCCGAGAUUGUCCGCAUGGUGGAUCGGGUGGCCGCGGUCGAGGUGGUGGUCGUUCUCGCGGAGGUUUUAGUGGUGGUUAUGGCGGCGGUUAUGGAGGAUAUGGUGGUGGUGGCGGUGGCGGCGCCGGAGGAGGAGGCUACCGGGGUAAGAUUGAGGCUCUUGUGUUCAGCAGGCGUCGAGUUAAUAUCCGAUCUUCCGUUCUUGCCUUGCUGGCGGUGGAUCGUUGUGAUGGAUGCUUCAAUUGCGGAGAGUCUGGCCAUAUUGCCCGUCAUUGCACUGUCGUAAGAAAUCAGAGCAAUGGCGGUGGUGGUGGAGGCGGCAGUGGUGGUGGCUGCUUCAAUUGUGGUGAGGAAGGGCACUUCUCGAGGGAGUGUCCGCAAGGUGGUGGUGGAAAAGAUAAAGUGCAAUGCUACAGAUGCCGUGGUUUUGGCCACUUUUCUCGUGAAUGUACGCAGGCCGGUGGUGAAGGUCCUAUGUGUUACAAGUGCAAAGGAUUCGGACACAUUGCCAACCAGUGCACCGCAUGA